GAAGCCAGUAGCUGACUAGCGGCUAUGCCGGUAUGCCGCGUAGUCUAAAGUUUGUUUUAUCUUGUUGUAUGCCUGAAAGUCUUACUCAUUUCCCUCUGAGUGAUAUGCAGCCAGCGAGUUCGACGGUGGAUAAUGAAAUUAAAGGAAGAAAAUAAAUCCAUCAGUAACUGAAGAACUUGUGUCGCGUGUUUCCUGGAGGGGAGUGAUAGUCGAACUCGAAGCUGAAAUUAACAUCGGACAAUGGACUGAAGUUACUUUUGCAAGACGGAGUCGUUUGUUUGUUCGUGGUCGCUUGUGAGUGAAGUCGUUUUUGCGACUGACAUGAGCUUAUCCGAAGGAAGCUAGUACUAGUGCUACAUCUUUUAGUUGAAGGAGUGGCAUCAAACAGAUAAGCACCAAAAAGAGUUAUUUCUUCCUUUUUUGAUUGUUUUGGCUAAGACUUUUAAUCAAUUAAUGAACAUUUAACGUGGGUUCAUGGACAUUAAGAAAUGCAUCUUAAUGGGAAUCGGAUAAAUGCAAUUGAAUUUAAGUCAUUAUAUUGUUGAAUUAAGGAGUUUGUUUGUAUUUUUAUUUUUAUUGGGUUUAGUAUUUAACUUAAGCUGUGUUUAGGUUGUGAUCAGCUCAUUUUUUGAGCCUUAUUAUCUUGUGUUGGGCGUUAUUUAUUUAUUUAUUUUUACUAAUUAUUUGAUGCUCAUUCAUUUGCUUGGUAAUUAUUUGCUUUAACCUGAGCUAAUAGUAUUCAUCAUGUCUCAAUGUGGUAAAAGUGAUAAAGGUGAUGAAGACCUACCUGAGUUUAAAAAAUUGCCAGAGCUACAGCAUUUAGAAAAAAUAGCUGAGCAUGAUUUUGAGCAACAACAGACUAAUGAUUUAAGUGUGUUGAGACAUCAAAAUGAACCUCGUAGAAGUGUUAGAUCACGCAAAUUAAUGGAGAAGGGUAAAGAUCUAUAUAUGGACAAGUUAAAGUUAUUGCUGCUACAUUUUAAUAAUGUUUAUGAAUGUUGGAAAGUAAUAGCUAAAGUGGCAAAAAGGUCUGUGGAGCAACAUCAUCCAAGCGAUAUUCUUCAAGAACAUAUAAUUCGCAUUGAAAAGGAAUUGGCUGAACUCAAUGGGAUGUAUGAUGCCUAUAGGACAGUUGACACUCCAACUCAUGACAUGCGUUGUAAAUUGGAUAAGAGUACCUCAAUUACUAAUGUCAUAAUACAGAAUGCUAAGUCUCGGAUACAGGGAGCUGACGAUGAAUUGCUUUGGCCUGAAGCUGGCUCUGUGUUUUCCUCCUCAGUCUCCAGUAUCUCUCUUUCUGUUAUCAAAGGCUGUGGGGCUAAUUCAAUUUGCUCCAAUGAGUCACUAGCAAAAAGACAAGAAGCCAUAGCAGAGUAUGCAGCUACAAGGGCUGUGCUGAAGAUCAUGAAUGAACAAGAACUUAGGCGAGAGGAAUUGGAAGUGCUUCAAGCCAAAGAUAAGCAGAUCAUUGCAGACCAAGAAGCGGCAGCAUUGGCACGGCGGCUCCAGGAAGAGCGAGAGGAAGUUGAACGAAAAAUUAAAAGGCAAAAUGAAGAGGUUGCUCUAUUGAAAAAGCAACAAGAGGAAAAUGCCACCAGGAGACAGUCUGUUGAAAAUUUACAGAGGGAGUUGGACCGUUUGGAAAGACUGAAGCAAUUGAAUGCUGUUAUAGCAAAGCUGCAAGUGUAUGAUGAAGUCAAUAUGGCUAUGGAUCAGAGGCCUGAUAUUCCCAUGAGUGUGCAAGCAGCUAAACAAGCAGAUUGUGGGCAGGAUGUCCAACUAAAUGUGUCAUCAAGAGGAGGCAUUUCUAGUGAUAUACAAGAUCUUGUCAAGGUAUUGGCUGAGGCUAUAUCUGCAAAUAGGCUACCGGUUCCAGAACCAACUAUUUUUUAUGGAGAUCCCCUAAAAUUUAAUCACUGGAAGUUAUCUUUUCAAACUCUAAUCGAGAGAAAAAAUAUUCCAGAUGAAGAGAAGAUUUUCUUCCUUGAGAAAUAUGUUGGGGGUACAGCAAAGAAAGCCCUAGAAGGCUAUUUCUUGCUCAAGUCAAAGGAUUCUAAUAGUUCAGCAUGGAAUCUGCUUGAUGAAAAAUACGGUCAGCCUUUUGCUAUUGCCAAGGCCUUUCGAGACAAAUUACAGUGGUGCUUGAAAUUUUGUGAACCCUUUAGAAUUUUCUAUAUUUCUGCAUAAAUAUGACCUAAAACAUCAUCAGAUUUUCACACAAGUCCUAAAAGUAGAUAAAGA